CAAAUAUUAGUUAUAUUUAGAACCUAUAACAGAAAAUAAUUUAAGUAAAACAGUUGAUAUAAAAAGCUGUAUAUAAUUAAAAGUUGUUAGUUUCAUCGCAAUGAAUGUAAACAUGUGAUCAUUCGUUCAAAAACAAUAACACACGUGAUCCUAGAUUUUGCAGUCAUCGGGAGAACAAAUCCUUCAUGCAAACUGCACCUACUAUCAAGAAGAAGAAGAUCCUAGAUUUGGGCAUGGUAGAUGAUACAGAAAGCAGUACAAUGUCUGUCACAAAUCCUUUUACUGUGGCAGCAUUAAGACCACAAGUAAGUAGAAUAAAUAUGCCUGGAAGAUCGACCCCAGCCAGCAUACUAGCAGAAGGUCUCCAGACACUAGCAAUUUUAGCUAAAGAGAACCUUCAUCGUGAAUAUUUUAAAAUAAACUCGGCUCCCCAGAAAAAAUGUGAAUAUAUGAAGCGAAGUUUAAAUAUUGAGGACCUAAAUUAUCUGAAGCCUUCAAACAAGAAAGGAAAAGGAGAAAAUUACUGCAGGAUUAUUGAAAUCAAUCAAACACAACGUUCAAACUUAUCAGAAGGAAGGUAUGAUCUGUAUACCCCAAUAUUUAGGUGCAAGUGCGGAUAUGUAGAUGAAGAACUUGGGAAAGCCAUGCACCAGUCUGGUUUUUAUUCAACUGGAAGAAAUAGUAGCACUUUCUACAGCAUAAAUCUAUUGGAUUCCUGGCAUUUUCUCAAGAGAAGCAGCCCUGGAACUUCUCUUCAGGCAUUAGUUAGUGCACUGGAAUCAUUUGGUGCUUCUCGAGGGCGUCAUGGUCCCAUCAAUUUUGAAACAACAAAAAGUCUUCUUUGA